UCCAUUUUUAGUUAACAGUGAUACACCCUACUUCUGAGGAAGAGACUUCCAAGUCAAAAGUCUUCGUCAACCCUUCAUAAUUGUGUUAAGUAAAGGCAAUUUCUACAUUUUACAACACCAAAAAAUUGUUCAUCUUCAAAUCAUAUACUCCGUACUUACCUUUUGAUCAUGGCUGAAAUUCUAUACGAGCCUGCUGCUGAAAUCUUGAAAAACUUGGGUUCCCUUGUAGCUCAACAAGUAGGAUCAUCCUUUGGGGGACUGAAUAAUGAGCUUCGCAAGCUUUCUACUACAGUUUCUUCAAUCCAAGCCGUACUCACUGAUGCAGAGGAGCACCAGGGGAGUAACCACCAGGACUGGAUAAGGAGGCUUAAAAAAGUUUUCUAUGAGGCUGAUGAUCUCUUGGAUGACUUCGCCACUGAAGUUACGCAUCGAAAACUGGUGAAUAAGGUGAAGAUCUUCUUCUCAAAAUCAAAUCCUCUGCUUUAUAAUCUUAAGAUAAGUUAUCGUUUCAAGGAAAUUCGAGAAACUCUAGAUCUAAUUGCAAAAGAUAAGGCCUCCUUAAACCUAGUUGAAAGGAGGCAACCUUUGCUUCCAAGGCCUAAUUCAGUCCAAUUGAAUUUGGAUAGAGAGACUUAUUCAUUUGUGCCUGAUGGAGAAGUGAUUGGAAGGAAUGAUGAUAAAAAGGAAAUUGUGGAUUUUCUUUUGGAUUCUGAGGUUGAAGAGAAUGUAGUUGUUAUAUCAAUAGUUGGACUUGGAGGAUUAGGAAAGACCACUCUUGCACAAUGGGUGUAUAAUGAUGAAAUGGUUGAGAAAAAUUUCGAUAAAAGAUUGUGGGUUUGUGUUUCAGAUGUUUUUGAAGUGAAAAUGAUUGCAGAAAAAAUCGGCGAAUCUGCAGGAGGGAAGAAGGGUAAUUACCUUCAACUAGAUGCAGUACAAAACGAGCUUCGAGAAAUGCUUGAUGGGAAGAAGUAUCUGCUAGUGCUCGAUGAUGUGUGGAAUGAAGAUGCCUUAAAAUGGUCGAGAUUGAAGAAUAUGUUGAUCGGUGGAGCCCGCGGAAGUAAGAUUUUAGUGACUACCCGUUCAGACGUGGUGGCGGAAGUUUCAGGAAGUAUUCGCCAACAUAAAUUAGGGGACCUCUCAAAGGAAGAGGCAUGGACAUUGUUUGAAAAAAUGGCAUUUGAAUGUAACAAAGAGAGCGAAAAUUCGAAUUUGGUGGAAAUAGGAAAGGAAAUUGUGAGGAAGUGUGGAGGAGUUCCUCUUGCAAUAAGGUCAGUAGGAAGCCUACUACGUCUCAAAAGAACAGAGGGCGAGUGGAUAUAUUUCAAGAAUCAAGAUUUGUCAAGAAUCACUCGAGAAGGCAACGAUGUAAUGGCCAUUUUGAGAUUGAGCUAUAGUUACCUUCCUCAGCAUUUAAAGAUAUGCUUUGCAUAUUGCUCCCUCUUUCCAAAUGAUUUCGAAAUUCAUAGAUUUGACUUGAUUGAUAUGUGGAUUGCUCAAGGCUUUAUUCAAUCAACUACUAACAACAGAGAUAAUGUGGAAGAUGUUGCAAAUUCAUAUUUCAUGGAUUUGUUAAGAAGGUCAUUCUUUCAAGAAAGUGAAGAACAUGAAUCGUUUUCACACUUUUACAAAAUGCACGAUCUUAUUCAUGAACUCGCGAAAGAAGUUGCAGAUAGGGAGUUCUUCAGUAUAAAAAAAAACGAAGAUACAGAAGUUGUACCAGAACAAACUCUCCACGUUUCUUGUUUAUUCGAGAUUGAUGAUUCAUCGGUAUUUCCCAGUCCCUUCUACAGGAAGCAUAUGAAGUUGCGGACAUUUAUUUACCUAAAUGACUCUAUAUAUGGUGUCAUGUGCAAUUCAACUUUGGGGAGAAUGAUUUCAAGUUUUGAACGGUUGCGUGUUCUACAUCUAUGUGACCUGCAGAUAAAACUUCUGCCUCAAUCAUUAGGUGGACUGAAGCAUCUAAGAUAUCUUGCUAUUUCUUCUGUAAGCGAUGUUACUUUACCAAAUUCCAUCACAAAAUUGCAUAAUCUACAAGUUCUAAAAUUGGUUAAUUGCAGUAACCUCAAAAAGUUGCCAAGAGAUAUUUGGAGAUUGGUGAGCCUUCGACAUUUAGUAUGUCGAUGGUGUCGCUCAUUAACCCAUAUUCCACCAGGACUUUGGCAUUUGGCAAGUCUCAUGCAUUUGGAUUUUGAUGAUUGCUUCUCCCUGGAAGAUAUGCCACCUGGAAUUGGCCAAUUGACGUCUCUACGGACGAGCAUCUGCAAUUGGAGAAAGAAUGCCUACCGAUGUAGUGAAAAGGAUGGAACAUCUUCGACAGCUGUGUGUAGAGUUCCAAUAUGGAAAUCAUGAGGACGAUACUGGAGCUGAUCUGAUAAUGUUGGCGGCCCUGCAGCCGCACCAAAACAUUGAAAGCUUGCGAAUAGAAAAUUACAGUGGGUCAAGGUUUCCAAGUUGGUUGAUGGUUGAGACUUGAGAAUCUUGGUUUUUUGCUACCUAAGCUGGUUAACCUAUAUAUAAGUGGGUGUCAUAAAUGCAAAAAACUUCCACCACUAUGGCAACUGCCUUCUCUCCAAAGUCUUAAACUAUGGAAUCUUGAACUUGUGGAGAACAUAGAUGGACUUGAAGGUGAUGAUGAUAAACUCAUGCUACCAUCAAAUACUCCUACAUAUGAACUCUACUUCCCUUCCCUAAAACAACUUGAUUUGUGGACAAUAAGUGAGAAGAUAUUGAAGCAAAUUCUUUGCCCACCUCAUCAUCAUUCUCCUCUUCACGAUUUAAAUAAUUUGACUCUAGGUGAUAUUGAGGGCCUAGCAACUAUGCCAGAGGAUGUGUUCAAGAGUCUCGCGUCACUCCAAUCCUUGUCUAUUGAAAACUGCAGAAAUCUCGUCUCUCUAUCCACAUGUCUAACUCAUCUCACUUCCCUUGAGUUUCUAUGUAUAGAGAAUUGCCCUCUACUUGACUUGUCCAUCGAAGAAGCAAUGCGAUUUGAAGUCCCGGGUAAUUUAUCAACUUUCACAGUUUUCGGGCUUGACAAGCUAACAUCGCUUCCACUUUGGCUCCAACAUUUCUCGGGUACUUUGAAAUCAAUAGACAUUUGGGGAUGUCCUAACUUCACGACAAUUCCAGAAUGGAUAGGCGACCUCAUUGCCCUUAAUCGGUUGAAAAUUUACGAUUCCCCUAUGUUGACAUCCUUUCCAGAAGGCAUGCGAUCUCUCGCAGCAUUGCAAAUGCUAAUUGUUAAAAGAUGUUCAUCAGGCCUGAAGCAAAGAUGCCAGAAGGAAGUAGGAGAGGACUGGCCUAAGAUUGCUCACAUCCCAAGAGUUUGCAUAUAAGUAAUAAAGAUUGAUAACCUGGUGCAAGUUGAGGUAAUUAUCCUUCAACCGCCUGUUUGGAUUGUUGUUUCAUAAUGCAUUGUUUUAUACC